AUGUCCACACGAGAACCUAUGUGGUACUGUCAUGAGUGUCAUGCCGAGAUGCGCCCACUCAUGGUACCAGACCCUCAUUGCGCUUCCUGCAACGGCACAUUUGUUGAGAAGAUCGAGAGCGAAGAGGACGAUCCGCGCGCGUUUCAGGAGUCAGGGCCUGCGCUUGACCUCGACGAUGAAGGCGGCCCACCGGGAGACCUUCUCGCCAGUCUCAUGCAAAUCCUUGCUACCGGCCCACCCGGUCCUCGCGGAGCGACCUCGCUUCCCGGACAACCCGCACCUGCUUCUCCGUUUGCCGGCAGUGGGUUGAGAUUUGAGAUCAGCCGCACGGGCCCCGGUGGCACUCAGCGAACCUUCGUACUGGGUGGGCCCAAUACAUUGGGUACUGCCGCUGCCCCAGAUAGUUUACGGACUGGCGCUGGUCCAGCCCCUGGAGGCAACACCAUUGGAGGCAACCUCUUCGCGCAGUAUCUAUUCUCCAUGUUGGCCAACCACGGAGGCCAAGGCCCAAACGGGAUACCAUUUCCAGGCCUCAUGGGACAAGGUCCGGAAAACGGAAGAUGGGGCGACUAUGUCUUUAACCAAGAAGCUCUCGAUGAGAUCGUCACCCAAUUGAUGGAGAACAAUAAUACGUCACGACCCAUUCCUGUUACAGAAGAAGUCAUGCAGAAACUUGACCGAGCAGUUCUCGAGAAAGGGUCCCCUCUUCUCGAUCGUGAUUGUGCGGUCUGCAAGGACCAGUUCUCCGCAACUGCCGAGGAUCCUGCCGAGCAAGUCGUCAUAACGUUACCUUGCAAACACCCGUUCCACGAAGGUUGCAUCGAGCCUUGGCUAAAAACAAGUGGGACAUGCCCUGUUUGCCGCUACCAGCUCGUACCACAACCCAAUCAUCACGACCAACCCUCAUCUCCCGGUGGCGGCUCAUCCAAUCAAAACUCUUCACCAACUCCUGGUCCACCGAGCAGCGGCCCGUCCGGCUCAGGCGGUGGCAUUCUCAGUUCCAUACUAAGUAUGGUCAGUGGCACGGGCAAUACUGAGAACACUCAUAACACCCCCUCCGGAAGCGGCAAUCAAUCAAACAUCGCCACCGACGCAUCCUCCGGCAACAACAAUAAUACUGAGCGAAGGCAUUCGGAUGAGGCACCACCUGGAGGAUGGUGGGACUGA